AUGGGCAAGGCAGCCAAGUCCGGGAAGCGCAAUGGCGCGUCCGCCAGCCCCUACGAGCGGCCGUCCAAGCCGCAGGCCAAGGCCGCCAAUAACAUCUUCAAGUUCAACACCUCGAGCUACGGCCAGCACAUCCUCAAGAACCCCGGUGUCGCCGACGCCAUCGUCGCCAAGGCCAACCUGAAGCCCACCGACACGGUGCUCGAGAUCGGCCCCGGAACCGGCAACCUGACGGUGCGCAUCCUCGAGAAGGCCAAGAAGGUCAUCGCCGUCGAGGUCGACCCGCGCAUGGCCGCCGAGGUCACCAAGCGCGUCCAGGGCACCCCCGAGCAGCGCAAGCUCGAGGUGCUCAUGGGUGACGUCAUCAAGCUGCCCAGCGACCAGCUGCCGCAGUUCGACGUCUGCAUCUCCAACACGCCCUACCAGAUCAGCUCGCCGCUCGUCUUCAAGCUGCUGGCCAUGCCCAACCCGCCCCGCACCAGCGUGCUCAUGUUCCAGCGCGAGUUCGCCCUGCGCCUGACCGCCCGCCCCGGCGACGCCCUCUACUGCCGCCUCAGCGUCAACGCCCAGUUCUGGGCCCGCAUCACCCACCUGCUCAAGGUCGGCAAGAAGAACUUCAACCCCCCGCCCCAGGUCGAGUCCAGCGUCGUCCGCAUCGAGCCCAAGAUCGGCGCCGACCGCCCCAACGUCGCCUGGGACGAGUGGGACGGCAUGCUGCGCGUCUGCUUCAACCGCCGCAACAAGACCCUGCGCGCCAGCUGGCUCGGCACCAAGGAGGUCCUGAACAUGGUCGAGAGGAACUACCGCGUCUGGUGCAGCAUGAACGACAUCCCGCUCGACGACGGCGUCGUGGAAGGGGACGGGGCUGACGACGACGACGACGAGGACAUGGAGCUGGACGAGAACGUCGACCCGAGCGCCGGCGACGAGGACGCCGAGUGGGGCGGCAUGGACGUAGACGGCACGGCGGACGCGAGCGGCGGCGGCGUUGGCGGCGGCGACACGCUGUCCUUCUUCGACGGGCUCAAGGCGGCGUCGAGCGAGAUGCCCAAGACCAAGUCCAAGAAGAAGAAGACCAAGGUCGCCGCCCUCGUCCGGGAGAAGAUCCGAAAGGUGCUCGAGGACGACACGAAGCUGGCCGACCAGCGCAGCGGCAAGCUCUCCGAGAACGACUUCCUCACCCUCCUGCACGCCUUCAACUCGGAAGGCCUCCACUUCUCGUAA